UGAAGUUUUGUUUUCUGUGUGAUGAUGAAGUCUGUGUACAGCUUUCUUCAUUCGAUAUAUUUGUGACCCGUUUUUUUCGUCGAACGACACAAUGUUUUAUAUGAAGCUAAUUAUUUCUUGCGGUAAAAGAAAUAUAUACAAAUAUGAAUUUAUAAAUUUAUAUACUUGAAUUUUUACACUGGAGAAAUUAUGAAGAGACAAUGUGCUCUUUGGAUCGGAACAAUAUGGUUUAUUGUUGUUAUGAUAAGGUUUCCAGAAAAUGACAACUUGGUUCAGGCUGAGAAGGAAAUUGAUGGGCUGAAGAAAAAUAGAUUGCAGAAUGAGGAAAUUUCUCAAAAACAGGCUGAUUAUGUCACAGCUCAACAAGAACGCCCUGAAAGUUCAUCAAUUGAAGAGUACCAAGAUACCAUGACACCCCACGUUUUACAUCAACGUACAUUUACUGUACCACCCUUUGUUCUUCUAGCUACGCCUUGUGAAAGUGGACAAGUAAUGUCAACACUUUCAGAGCAGAAAUCAAAACAUGAAUCAUUGGAGAAAGACAAAAUAUCAUCAGCUUAUUUUCACAAGAACGACGAUGUAGUGUCAAUGGCUUUUUCAAAUGCAGAUAAAAUGUCUGAUAAUGAAAUAUCAAGUAUGCACCAGGUGAAUAAGGAGGCAGAUUAUUUAGAACAGCUUGUUAAUACAUUGGAGCGGACUAAACCCAAUAGCCAGAAUGGCGAUUUUAGGACGGGGACUUCAGUUGUUGUUGACAUUCUUACUGGAUCUCAAAAAACUGGUUACGAAGACAGCAAUGUGGGCUCAUUCCAUGCAGCAGAUUUGUGGCAAUAUGAAAAGGAAGUGGAAGAACCAUCAAAGGAAUCGUCAUCCGCACGUCGCGAUAUCUCAGAACCCACAGUUGGUGAAGACAAAUUACACUUCGCCAAAAAAUUAUCAUCAAAUGAAAAAAAUUCAAGUAACCCCUUAACAGCUAAUGAAGACAAUGUAAACUCUCUUAGUAAGGGAAGUGUUCAACGAAUUGGACAUGAAGACUAUUCACCUUUAGAAACAAUGGAUGCUAGAAAUGUUCCAGAGAAUGUUAAUAAUGUUGAAGAAAACGAGAAUCCAUUGUCUGAUGGUAGCACAAAAGAUGAUAUUGAAGUCUUGCAGAGUAAAAACGAACAUGCUCGCGAUGAUAUGCCAUCUUUCAAUGAGUGGAGUCAAAAAUUCUUAGCUCAAGAAGAAGAAAAGAAAGUUGCUCACAUUAACGAUAAAGGAACUGCAGAAGAUGGAAGUCAACCAAAGAAAAAGAACAUUGAUCGCAAACAAAACAAUUAUGCGUCCGUUGAUUGCGGGGCAAUAAUCUCUGAAACAAACCCAGAGGCGCAAAACUCUCAUUCUGUUCUUCUCGAGAACAAGGACUUAUAUAUGCUGAACCCGUGCAGUGCUAAAAUUUGGUUCGUUGUUGAGUUGUGUGAUCACAUCCUCGUGACAUCGUUACAACUGGCUAAUUUUGAGAUGUUUUCGUCAACAAUUUCAAAAUUUCAAGUGUCUUUUAGCACACGAUAUCCCACUAGAGAAUGGAAAAAACUUCAGGUGUUUGACGCUAAACCUGAGAAAACUAUACAAACUUUUGCUCUCGAUCCAAUUUUUGCAAAGUACAUAAAGAUAGAACAGUUAAGUUAUCAUGGUUCAGAGCACUAUUGCCCUUGGAGUUUACUUCGUGUGUUUGGCAACAGCAUGGUGGAGGAGUAUGUAGAGCUUGAGUCAGCUCCAGAGGAUGGUCAUGGGCUCGAUGUAGACGCCACCCAAUCGUCAAAUGUCAAUGGAAGUCGAAGUAAGCAAAGCGAAGGUAUUCUCAAAAGUGCUACUGAUGCUGUGCUGAAGUUUGUUACAGAAACGGCAAAGAAGCUUGUACAUGCAAAAGAAGAAAGCAACUCGACACAUAUUUGUACAAAUGCAUCAAACUAUACCAAAGACAAUUGCAGUGAACAUGUUCAAUCAAAAACUAUUGUGGAACUUAUUCCGCGCGAACGCUACGAAUCCAGUUGCCGUGAAAAUGAUGUGAAUAGGAAAAUAUGUGUUUCUAGUAAAAUGUGCUGUUUUUGUGGAAGAUCUUGUUAUUCUUACUCAAGCUUUUUGGAUAUAUUUUUUAAGAUGUCUGUAAGACUGUUCAAAGGACAAAAUUGUUAUUUUCAAGCUGUAAGAAAAACAAGAAUUGGCAAUUUCUCGGGGAAUGAGCGUUUGCAUUUGACUAGUAUUAGAAAGUUGAGGAAUUUUGUUGAUGGAGUCGCAAUCUCCAAUACAAGUUUGAUGAACGCAACUAAUGAAACAAGUAUUGAAGAAAAAGCAAUUAAUGUAUCUUUGAUGUCAAAAGGCGCCGAAAUAAAUGGCGCGAAUGGUGAAAAUAAAAAAGAAUUAAGGGUGAAUAACAGUAUCAUAAAUGAUGAUGGGACAUCCAAAAUCGAUAUUUAUUUCGAACGAAGUUUGUCCUCCGAUUCGUCUACUAUUUUGGAUAACUCCCCCUCCACUACGAAUAUUGCAAAAUCUACCAUGGCAAAUUCUGAUAUCUAUGAGCAAACUGUGUCGUCUGUUACGCCGCUAGCACAACCACCUUUAGCUGAAAUAAAGAAACGUCAUUCAAUAAACGAAUUUCCGAAACAGAAAUCAUCUUCACAAUCUUUUCACAAAAUAAAUCCUAGUAAAACCAAUGAAUCUGACAUAAAUCUAUUUGAACAUUCCAUUCCAUUUUCUUCAUCAAGAGUUGAAUAUCAUGCAUCUGUGUCAAUUACCCCGCCAGAGGUGCAUGCAACUUUGGAGAUUAAAAACUCGGUCAAAGUUGGCAAAUUUGAUGGUAGCGAUGUGUUUGAUGAAAAUGAUCAGGCACUAGCAUUAUCUGUGAUCGAGAAAGAGCGAAAUGUUGAUCAUGAAAGGUCGGAAAUAAUGAGUAACGAUGAGGGAGAGGUGCCUAACUCACACGUUGAUGUACUUAAGAUAACAUUGACUGAUGCGGAGACGAAGGAAGGGACUGCAGAACCUGAAAGUGUAAUUCUUCAAGAUGGUGGAAAAGAAAAAGAGAACAACAUUGUGGACCUAAAGAAGACGGAAGGGGAAAAACUUGAGGUUAAAUUUUCUGUAAGCGAAAUUCCUUAUCAAGAAAAGAAAACGAGUGGGGCAUCCUUUGCCACGGAUGAAGAAAAAAGUCCAGUUGGGUCUAGUUUAAGCUAUGUAAACGAUUAUGACCACAUGAUCCAUUCAAAACAUUGGAAAAUGACUGAGAAAGAAAUAUCAACUUCCGAACAAGCUACUAUCGAAAAUGGUCAUGGUCACGAAACGAGAGAAUCUAUAUUUGUUAUGUUGAGUCGUAAAAUUAGAGCAUUAGAGCAGAAUGUGACAAUGACGAAUUUGUUCUUGGAAGAGCUUAGCCAAAGAUAUCGGAAAUCAUUGGAUGAAAUGCAGAAGAAAGUGGAAAAAAGAUUGAAUGCCUUUUCAAAAGAUUACCAAUUUCUCACGGAAGUGAAUUCAUCCCAAAAUUUUACUAUCUAUACUUUGGCUUCCAAAAUCAAAUAUCUUGAAGAAAAAUUGAAUAAUGUGACGUCGCGUUUGAACGUAAUGAAUGAAGAGGUUAUGGAGCGUCACUUACUUGUUAUUUGUUUUCAUCUUUUCAUCGUUUUUGUCUUGUGGCUUUUUUUACGAUUCAUCUGGACAAAUUGGUGGCCUUUUGUAUUUCGACAAUACCCUAAAAGCCCUGUUGUUGUCCUUGGAAGUGAUUAUACCCAACAAAAAGGAACAAAACGAGACGCUAAACACGAAUGUUCAGAAGAGAUUUCCAAUAAAAUUAAGUCUUCAACUAUUAAAGCAGAAUUUACAGAGACGAAACGUCGUAAACGUCGCAAGCACCGUAAUGCACCUGUUCUCAAAGAGAAUGCCUUCGAAAACUCAUCCAGCGUUUAUGGUAACAUUGUUUCUCCCUCGGCUGGUCUUCUUUUUAAUACGCAACCAUCCGAUGAAGUUUCGUCAACAAUCUCAUUAGUUCAAGAAACUUUGCGAUGCUCUAGCGCCCAUAGCUUAUGAGUGAUGCCCAUUUUAAUCACCUUUAAAUUAAAUGCGAAGUAUUCAUCGUUACCAAAUUAAUAUUAGGGAUGAUUUCGCGUUUGGAAAUAGUGUUUGUACUUGAGUAAAGGAGCAAGUUUUCUCGGAGCACCGUUAUCUUGAGCACUGGGAAGGUUCUUGUGAUUUAGUUGUUGUAGAUAGUACAUAGAUCCAAUAAGAGUGACUGUGGAUCAAAUUUUGGUAGAAGUAAAUUUUUUUUGCCCUGCAUGUAUACUGGCUUUCUCUUAUACUACAACUUCAUAUUUUUUGAUGGAUGACACAGUUCUAUGCAUUCUUUUUGUAAAAUUGUUAUAGGAAGCUAGUUCAUGCAGAUAAAACAGUGUAAAUACUUCCGCCGUGUUAGUAAAAGGUAUAAAUAAAAUGAUAUGGAACGGUUUUUGUCCAUCAUAGAAUCGUUAAAUAAA